AAUGAAUUCUUCUGGGAUAUAUGAUGUUCACUCUACCAAAACACGAAUGUCGAUUUGUGUUUGUUUUAAUUUAUCUGUGCAUGGAAUCUUCACUGUAGUUAGUAAAUUGAACGAUGUUGAACCGAUCGCAUAUCUUCAAUGAAACGAAACCUACAAGCAACUAGAUUCAUUGUAAACAGAACGAAUUUAUUGUUCGUUCAAGGAAGAUUCGGCCAACCACUGAGUCGAUUUUUUAACAUUCCACUAAUAUAGUAUUAUUGAUGCACCGGGUAUGUCUCUCUAUAAAAUAAGGGUUGCUGGUCUGGAAGAUAUUUUACAGCAAGAUGCUAUCGAUUUGAAAUCUCUCAGAGACUUUUGCUUCUAUGGUAUUCCCGACUGUAAUGGAUUACGCUCACUAUGUUGGAAAUUAAUGCUGGGAUAUUUGGGUCCGAAAAAGGACACAUGGUCAACGACUCUAGCGAAGAAACGAGAAUUGUAUAAACAGUUCAUUGAGGAAAUGGUUAUUCCACCCAGUGACGGAGACCAGCACCAAUCCGGCUGCGUCGAUCAUCCAUUGAGUGACGGGCCCGAAAGCAACUGGAAUACAUUUUUUAAAGACAAUGAAGUAUUGCUGCAAAUCGAUAAGGAUGUAAGACGGCUUUGCCCAGAUAUAUCAUUCUUUCAACAGGCUACAGAAUUCCCAUGUGAGUCCGUAGUUAGUCAUAAUCGAGAGCGAAAACUGCAUGUCAGGGUAGCCCCAACAACCCUCAGUUCGGCAAAUGUUGAGAGAAAAGGAUUGGGCGUAACGAAGAUCAACCUAAUUACCAAAAGGGCCACUGAAAGUUACGAAGCAAUGGAUGAAGGCCAUGAGGCGCACUGGGAGGUCGUUGAACGGAUAUUGUUCCUGUAUGCUAAACUAAACCCUGGCCAGGGCUAUGUGCAGGGCAUGAACGAGAUUAUCGGACCAAUUUACUACGUAAUGGCUUCUGAUCCUAAUUUAGAUUAUCGCCAGCAUGCGGAAGCUGAUUGUUUCUUUUGUUUCACCGCUCUAAUGGGAGAAAUCAGAGACUUCUUCAUCAAAACUCUCGACGAGUCAGAAGAUGGCAUCAAAGCCAUGAUGGCUAAACUCUCAAACAUGCUAAAGGAGAAAGAUUAUGAAAUAUGGAGUAGGUUGCGAGAUCAGGAGCUGUACCCGCAGUACUACAGUUUCCGGUGGUUGACACUACUUUUAUCUCAAGAAUUUCCACUGCCAGAUGUUUUACGAAUUUGGGAUUCCGUACUUGCCGAUGAGAAGCGAUACAAUUUCCUGGUGAAAGUGUGUUGUGCCAUGAUCAUGUUGCUUCGUGAACAAAUACUAGAGAACGAUUUUGCAAAUAACGUGAAAUUAUUACAAAAUUUUCCUCCCAUGGACAUCAAAGUCGUCCUAAAGAAAGCAACCAGCCUUGAGUAGAUUUUUACAAUACAAGCAAUGAACAAUCAACUUACGUUAUGCCUCUUGAAACAUUGUUUUUUUUUAUUUAUGUAUUUCAUACACAGUUUACUAAGUAUUCUGAAGAACACGACAAAUAAUUCAACGUUUUUUGGUAAAAUAUAUGUCAUUCGGAUAAUAUAACUUUUGAUAAGAUGUGAUUCUGAAAUAAACAUUUUCCAUUUACUGAUUUU